UUAUUGUCACUUCAAGGUGACCUUCAAAUUCGGCUAGUUUGACGUUUAUUAACUUGCGAAAAUUCAUUAUAUUUGAAUUUUCUACCCGCGUAGACAUGCCAUUUAUUAAAUUCAUAUCGUAAUAAAGUUCGGGGCAACUUGAUCAAGUUAAAAACCCCAUUGUGCCACGUAUUGAGUGAAGUUUUCAGUGAUAAAACCAGUUCUACAAGAUUCGAUAGGGGCAAUCUUAUUUAAAACACAAGAUGUCUCGCGAUCGCUCCUCUCGCCGCUUCUACAGGUCGGAUUCGACGCACGACCUCCUGUCCUACAUGGACAGAGGUCUGGCUGCCAACGAUGAGAACAGGUGGACCUUCGAAACCGCCUGGGAGGCUGCUAACAAAGUUGGUGGAAUUUACACUGUCAUCAGAUCGAAGGCAUACGUCUCCACUGAGGAGAUGGGUGAUAAUUACUGUCUAUUGGGUCCAUACAAAGAGUCCUGUGCACGGCAAGAAGUAGAGGAGGCAGAUUUCCCCCCCAACUCCCCCCUCACAACUGCCGUUAACGCUAUGAGGAGUCAGGGGUAUAAGCUCCACACAGGCACGUGGCUCGUCGAUGGCAACCCCCAAAUCAUUCUAUUCGACAUUGGUUCAGCGGCUUGGCAACUGGACAGUUACAAGCAAGAGCUAUGGGAUACGUGUUCCAUUGGAAUCCCACAUCUCGACGUCGAGGCGAACGACGCGGUGAUACUGGGAUUCAUGGUCGCACAGUUUAUAACUGAGUUCCGCAAAGCCGCUGAGAAUUACAGCGACACUCCGCCGCGUGUAGUGGCACAUUUUCACGAAUGGCAGGCUGGUAUUGGAUUAAUUGUUUUGAGGGUAAGACAUGUGGAUGUGGCAACUGUGUUCACGACUCACGCGACUCUACUCGGUAGAUAUUUGUGUGCUGGCAACACUGACUUCUACAAUAAUUUGGAUAAGUUCUCAGUGGACGAAGAGGCGGGAAAGAGACAGAUAUAUCAUCGCUAUUGUAUGGAACGCGCUGCGGCUCAUAUGACGCAUACUUUUACAACCGUUUCGGAUAUCACAGGAUUCGAGGCGGAACAUUUGUUGAGACGGAAGCCGGACUUCAUCACGCCGAACGGUCUGAACGUGAAGAAGUUCUCAGCGCUGCACGAGUUCCAGAACCUGCACGCGCUCGCCAAGGAGAAGAUCAACGAGUUCGCUAGAGGACAUUUCUAUGGGCAUUUCAACUUCGACCUGGACAAGACGCUGUAUUUUUUCAUUGCGGGUAGAUACGAAUUCGGUAACAAGGGAGCGGAUAUAUUCGUUGAAGCUUUAGCGCGACUUAAUCAUUAUUUGAAGUCGUCCGGUUCGGAGAUGACGGUGGUCGCGUUUCUGAUAUUCCCCGCCAAGACCAACAAUUUCAACGUGGAGAGUCUCCGAGGCCACGCUGUUACCAAGGCGCUGAGGGACACCAUCCAGGAUGUCCAGCAAAAGAUUGGCCAGAGGAUGUACGACAUCUGCUUGAGAGGCCACCUCCCCGACGCGUCAGAUCUGCUGCACAAAGACGACACCGUGCGUCUGAAGCGAUGCAUUUACGCGCUGCAGAGGGACGGCUUGCCGCCCGUCACUACGCACAACGUUGUUGAUGAUUGGAGUGACCCAGUGUUGAAUUCUAUUCGUAGAUGUCAACUCUUCAACACUGUUAACGAUAAAGUUAAAGUUAUAUUCCAUCCGGAGUUUUUGACGUCCACAAACCCACUAUUCGGCUUGGACUAUGAGGAAUUCGUGCGAGGUUGCCACUUGGGCGUCUUCCCCUCGUACUACGAGCCGUGGGGGUACACGCCCGCCGAGUGCACCGUUAUGGGCAUACCGAGUAUCACUACUAAUUUAUCAGGUUUCGGCUGCUUCAUGCAAGACCACAUAGCCGACCCCAUGUCGUAUGGUAUAUACGUGGUCGAUCGCAGAUACAUCUCGCUAGAGGGCUCUGUACAACAGCUCGCUCAGUAUAUGUUCGAUUUUACCAAACUAACGCGAAGACAACGCAUCAUACAAAGGAACAGAACGGAAAGACUGAGCGAUCUGCUGGACUGGAGGAAUUUGGGUAUUUACUACCGCCAAGCCAGAGCUGAAGCACUCAAAAUAGUGUAUCCGGACUAUGUGGAUCGCAUGCACAUUGAAUUGGGCAAGCGUUUCAACUACCCGCGACCGAUCUCAGAGCCGCCGAGCCCUACACAUUCCAUGUUGACACCCCAACACGAAACGUCGUGGCUCACGGCGUCCUACCACAAGGAGAUAGAGCAACGCAAAGAGACGAGAGACGAAGAAGUCCAAACCAGCCUGACCGAGGGUAUGGACGAAAAGACCAAGCUCCAGAAGUCCUUGGAGAUCCUGGAACUGACUGAUCUAGAAAUUUCCAAAGACAUCGAGGUCAGGUUCGAGAAAGCGCUGGAAUUGGAGUGCGACGAGGAUUUUCUAGAGCCGAUUAACGCGGUCGUAGCGGAGCAUAUAGACCAGCUAAUUGCGAAGCUGAGCGACUGUGUGGACAGGAAAUAGGAGCGACAACACCAGCGGCUUCCGUUCAUGGCUCUGAAGAUGAAGAUGAGGUUGAUGAAGAGAAAGAAUUAGCCGAGUUGAGAAUUUCAGAUAAAUAAAUAAAAAAUUAAAUAAUUUUUUUUAGUGUUAGAAAGGAUAUAUCCAUACAUUGGUAGGAUAUAAACAAUGGUAGCAAAAAGUCGCAGUUUUGUGAUUAUAUAUUAUAAUCGCUAUAUAUAAAGAACAAUACCCAUGUAUGUUAUUAUAUAAAAUGAAAGGCUCAUUUCUAUUUAAUCUGUAAUCUUUUAAAACCUGCACCAAUAAUACGUGCGAGGAGGACAACGUGAAUAAUUCUAUAUGUAAAACAGAGAUGCAUGCAAGGCAUGAUAGAAUAUUUAUUUUUGAUUCUUUAUUGGUAUAGGAUACAAUAUAAAAGUGCAGUAAACUCCCGUUUAUCCGAAGUUAGGUACAGGGGAACUAAUAAAAACUCUUUUUUUUAAUUCAUUUAAUAACAUUCGAAUUCUUUUAAAUAUAAAAAAUAGAAAAAUCUAGCUAGCGUUGUCAAGGUUCAGCGAAAUGGCGCGAGUUCAAAACCGCCUCGUGAUGUAUAUUUUUUUCUAUUCUUCUUUUUAAUUUGAAAAAAAAAAUGGUGUAUAAUGGAUUUUGGGUAAGCACGAUUGAUAGAGGGCAAUUUACUUUAUUAUUUAUAUUUUUUUAACCGAUGUGCCCAAAAACAAUGUGGUUCUUAAUUCGAUGUAUUUUUUGGUUCCGUUAUUUGUUAAUUAACUCCGUGGGUUUUCAACCGAUUGACGCAAAAUUUUUGUGUUAGAUAAUGAGUUGUUGUCAUUGUAGAAUCAUUUUAGAAUCUGGACUGGCACCUCCCCCCCAGGGAAGUCAGUGACCUUUUCGGUAGAAAAUAUUUAUGUACUCCGAGAAAUCAAAUAUGAUAUAACAUUUAAUGAAAUUCCUCUUUCUUCUAAAUUAAAAAAAAUCUUAAAUUAUUAAAAGUAAAGUACCGUAACUUGAGUUUCGAAAAACUAAAUAAUAAUUUUACACAUAAUAAACAGCAUAAAAGCUUUGUAAAAAUAAUAAAAAUUUUAAGCUCUCUAUUUGGAUGGAUAAAUAUGUCUAAAAUUUGUAUUUCAAAUAAAAACCAGUGUUAUUUUAGUGUUUUUAAUAAUUUUUAUUUAACUAUAAAGUGUAUUUUAUU